GCGUUGCUUUCUCGCCAGCGGUGCUCGCGUCUCGCCGCUCCGCCUCGCGAAAUCGAGGGUGCUGGUGCACACGAGAGUCGAGUGCAACAACUGGCAAAAUGAAGAUGGCGGACGGACCCACGAUCCUGCGAAGAAACAGGCCCGGGACAAAAGCAGAGGACUUCAGUAGGUGGCCUGAUGAACCAUUCGAGGAGAUGGAUAGCACGCUGGCAGUGCAGCAGUACAUUCAACAGAUGAUCAGAAGAGAUCCGUCUAACAUCGAUUUGAUACUUAACAUGCCGGAGGCCAACGACGAGGGGGUGUGGAAGUACGAGCAUCUCAGGCAGUUCUGUAUGGAGCUGAACGGGUUGGCGGUGAGGUUACAGGAAGAAUGCCAUCCUGAAACGUGCACACAGAUGACGGCGACGGAACAGUGGAUAUUUCUGUGCGCCGCUCACAAGACUCCCAAGGAGUGCCCCGCGAUCGACUACACGCGACACACGCUGGACGGAGCGGCGUGUUUACUCAACAGCAACAAGUAUUUCCCCAGCAGAAUCAGUAUCAAGGAAUCUUCCGUAGCAAAACUUGGCUCCGUCUGCCGCAGGGUUUACAGAAUCUUCUCUCACGCAUACUUCCACCACAGAACGAUAUUCGACGAAUUUGAGAACGAGACUUUUCUUUGCCGCAGGUUUACCGCUUUUGUAACCAAAUACAAUCUGAUGUCGAAGGACAAUUUGAUAGUACCUAUUAUGGAAGGCGACGGCGCAACGGAGAGUGAAGCAUAGGAUCUAACGAUGCGGUCGUAUUGCCCGAAGUCCAAUUGCCAGAUUUAGUAGGAGGAGCUGCUAAUAUUCACGCGUUAUUCCAAACGGGGUCAGUAAAAACUCACUCUUGCUUGAAUAGUGCGACUUUCUUGCGACCUUUCAUAUCUGUCCCCCCGACACCCGUUAAAUGGAAUAUUCUUCUCUCGAUGAGUAUUUUAAUAAUUAUCAAUAAUAGUUUCUCAAAUAGUUUUCUCUUGGUAUCAUUCUGUACAUGUAACGCGGCGUAUUACUCGCGUCCGAUAAACGUAUCUUUCGUGUUUCUUCGUUCCCUUCUCCAACGUUAAAAAUCUCGGGACGGUCGUUAAAACGAAGAAUCCGUUGAAACUAUUGCCGAGUUUUCGAAAACACACGCUAUGUGGUAAUUAAAAAAAAAUAUGUUAAUAAUAUAUCAUGUUUGAAAUAGUACGAUGUUACGAAACUUUUAACCCUGUGCUGUCGAAUUUACUAUUGGCCACUUCCCGCGGAGGGAAGUGCCUCCUCCCUCAUUCUACAUUUUGAAUGUAUAACGAUUAGACUUUGCAAGUCUCUUCUGUAAAAAGACUACGUAUCUAUAUAUUGAAAACGUAUGUGUAAUGGAACAAUAUACUGUAUAAUUCAUAACUCAUUUAUACUUAGUUACGUAAGUUAACGGUUGUUUGUAAUUUCGGGAAGCAUUCGUAACGUUAUUCCGUCGUGUGGGCGACAUCCUAAAAAUUGUAUACUCGUUAUAUUUAUCAGCUCUGUAUAUGCGAGAUACUAAUGUCGGAUUAUAAUUAUAAUCUGCAAUUUAUUUCGAGGUGAGAGCGUUUCUGACUUGAGAAAUGAAAAUUAUGUAGACAGAUCUUUUGACAUUGCAUACACAUUGUUAGUUUUGUUAGCUAAAGUGAAUGAAAAGAUCCAGGCUCGUCUUUCUGAGGAGCUGCUAUAUCAUACUACUCGUAAAAAAAAAAACUGGCUUUUUGCAAAAUGAUAAAAUGUACAAGUCUUUCAGCCUGAACAUAUUGACGAGACCGUAUCUAUCACGUAAUUACUUUUUUACUAUGAGAUUUAAGAAAUCUAGUUUUAAACCAUGAUUCUUACGAACGUUAUAAACGUGUUAAAAGCGGCUCGAUGAAAAACAAGAUACCGUUAAACAGAGAUUUCCAACGAGCUGAAAGCUUCGAACGUUUGUUGUCGGUGUGUACAAUUGGUGACACUAAGAAAAAGAAAGAAAGAGAGAGAGAGAGAAUGCGAAUUUAUAUAAACGAUUGUAGAAUUUUACAUAUUAUGUUACUGUAAGGACAAAAGUGUUGAUCUGGAACGAUCGUAGUAACCAUCAUCACGUAGUUGAUCUUUGUAAAACCUAUUAUUAGAGAGAGAUAUAGUGAUGAAUGUGCUNAUA